AUGAAUUACAUUCAGUUAGAAAAGCUAGGCGAAGGAACAUACGCUACGGUGUACAAGGGCCGAUCGAGGACGACUAACGAGAUUGUGGCCCUCAAGGAAAUUCAUCUCGAUGCCGAAGAGGGAACUCCGUCCACGGCCAUUCGUGAGAUCUCGCUUAUGAAGGAGCUCAAGCACGUCAACAUUGUUCGACUUCAUGAUGUCAUACAUACGGAGACGAAGCUGGUCUUGAUCUUCGAGUACUGUGAACAAGAUUUGAAGAAAUAUAUGGACCAACACGGAGAUCGCGGCGCGCUCGAUCCAAAUACUGUCCGCAGCUUCAUGUACCAACUACUCAAAGGCACAGCGUUUUGUCACGAGAACCAGGUCCUUCAUCGCGACCUCAAACCUCAGAACCUUCUCAUCAAUCGCAAAGGAGAACUGAAAUUGGGGGACUUUGGUCUGGCGAGAGCAUUCGGAGUUCCAGUCAACACGUUCUCGAAUGAGGUCGUCACUUUAUGGUAUCGUGCACCAGAUGUCCUGCUGGGGUCGAGAACGUACAGCACGUCAAUUGAUGUUUGGUCGUGCGGAUGCAUCUUUGCGGAAAUGAUAUCGGGUUCUCCCCUCUUCAGGGGACGGGACAACCAAGACCAACUUCUUCACAUUAUGAGAAUCAUUGGCACGCCCUCCGACGCUCAGUUCCAAAAAAUUAUGAAGGAAACACCCGAACUACAAAUCAAACAGUUCCCUCGAUACGCCAAAAUGCCAUUCCAACAGGUUUUACCCAAGGCAUCCCCUCAAGCUAUUGAUCUCCUGGAGAAGCUUCUGAAAUUUGACCCUGCUGAGAGGAUAUCUGCCGCGGAUGCCCUCUCUCAUCCCUACUUUACCACUGCAGUGGCCCCGACGCCUUUCGGUCUCAAUACAUCACCGGGCUCGAUGCCUCCACCGUCCUUCAAUUUCCCGCACCCUCAUGGUCAUCAAGCACAGCAACAAUAUCAGCAGCAGCAGCAGCAGCAGCAACAGCAAAGUCAAAUCCCACCUCAUAUGCACCCUUAUUCGCGACCUCCUGUGCCCAUCUAUAAUCAGCACCCCCAGAACACCGACCCUAUGACAGCUGCAGCGGCCCAAUCCAGAGCCCAUGCACAGGCAAUUGCCCAAGCCCAAGUUCAGGCGGCUCAGGCGCAAUAUGGCCAAUUCCCACCUCCGUAUAGCCAUGCCCCUCCACGGUGA